AUGCUAAUUCGGCCCAUCCAUUAAUGUUUCGUUUAAGUUACUGCCAAUGUUGCAUGAACUAUUUAUAUUCCUCUGUGUGCUUGCGGACGAGUCAUUGCCGAGCGAGGCUGUCCUUGGGAAAUAUGGCUGCAAAGUUUGAGUCCAGUUUUGGCGUCAUUGUGUUCUUGCUUAGUCUGUUCACGACGUUUUGUAGAGAAAUUAAAACCCACCAUGAAUAUUGUGUUGUAGGCGCUGGUCCGGGAGGGCUGCAAAUUGCAUACUUUUUGAAAAGAUCGAAUCGGGAUUACAUUGUUUUUGAACGCAAUUCUGAAGCGGGUUCAUUCUACAAGUUCUACCCUCGUCAUCGUGGCUUGAUUUCGAUAAACAAGAGGCACACAGGUAAAACAAAUAAAGAAUUCAACAUGAGGCAUGAUUGGAACUCGCUGCUAAGUGAUGACGAAUCCCUUCGUAUGACAAGAUACAGUAAAAUGCUGUUUCCAAAAGCUGACGUUUUGGUUCAAUACCUGAACGAUUUUGCCACAAAGUUAAAUCUCAAGAUUUCUUACAACACCGAAGUCAAAAGCGUAUCAAAACAAGUCGCGAAUAAUUCGUUUAUACUUCAAGAUCAGAACGGUUUUGUUUAUACGUGUGACGACCUGAUAGUCAGCACUGGGAUCCCAAUUGAGAAUAUCCCAGAUUUCAAAGGCAUCGAACAUACACAGAGUUAUGGCGAGAUGUCCCUGGAUCGAGAAGAUUACGAGGGCCAAACUGUGUUAAUCCUGGGAGGAGGAAAUGCGGCAUUCGAAACUGCAGAUUUUAUCAUGGAAUCGACGAAUGUCGUUCAUGUUAUGGGCAGAUCAAGAGUUCGACUGGCCUGGUCAACUCACUACGUUGGCGAUGUUAGAGCUGUCAAUAAUCGUAUUUUGGACAAUUACCAGUUGAAAUCUUUGGACGGUUACCUAGAAAAGUCCUUCUCGCAAAUAAGUAUAGUGAAACACAACGGGAGACUUUACGUGGACUUCUAUGACACAAAAGGAAAGAUUUUAAACAAGACUGGCGUUGCACCUGACAACUAUUCCCUACGCGAGCCGUAUGAUAAAAUUCUGAGAUGUCUCGGUUUCCGGUUUGAUUUCUCGAUAUUCAACGACACGGUCAUGCCAAACAAAUGCGAAGGAAAGAAAAGCAAAUAUCCUCUCAUAACUCCUGAUUAUCAAAGUGACAACGUUCCAAGAUUGUGGUUUGGGGGAGCAACCGCGCACUCUUUGGACUGGAAGAAGUCUGCUGGAGGAUUCAUCCAUGGUUAUCGCUACACAGCGCGAUCACUUCAUCGGAUCUUGGAAUGGAGAAAUCACGGAGUGAAAUGGAAACACCACAUCAUCCCACAAAGUCAGAUCUUGAAUUAUAUCACGAAACGAGUUAACGAAGCCUCGGGGAUUUAUCAAAUGUUUGGUAUUUUGGUGGAUGUCGUCAUCUACGUAAGCGAAGACCAGGCCAUAUAUAUUGAAGAAUUUCCUUUAAAGUUGCUGGACAAAUUUGAACGUUAUUCAGGUUUGCCCAGCGGUCCCACAAUUGUGGUGAAUAUGGAGUAUGGAAAAUCGUUUUCAGGGGCUGGACGCGAUACAUUUCACGAGGAUCGGGCAACAUUGGAUCCUUCACGUGCCCACAUCUCUAAUUUCCUCCAUCCAGUUUUGUACUUUUACCGCCAACCUGUCAAAGCCAUGGGAAAGGAUUAUUCACUGCCAAAGCCGGAUCGUAUCCAUCACAUUGUUGAAGAUUUCUUGACGAAAUGGACAGGCCCAUUCAGUCACCUCGUGCCUUUAAGAAGGUUUUUAGAACAUCUGCAAGGAGAAGAUUUGAGAAACUUCUUUUCGCAAAGCUGUUUUAAGCUUGCAAUGACACACACAAGGCUCCCAAGAAGAUGCAACGACUAUUUUUUAAAAGGUUCAUCGCUUCCUGGCGAAUCUACGCUGAUCGAUUUUGCCCGCGCACAAAGCCUACUGGUAUGAGCGGAGACUCGUCGGAAAGCAUCGGAAAGCAUCGGAAAGCAUCGGAAAGCAUGGGAAACCAUCGUCAGGUUAGAGCGUGUUACGUCAUGUGUUGUUGUGGUUGCUAGGUAACCGAUUAGAGGGUCGAAUAUACGAUGCAGUCGUGUGUGUGACGUUUCGAAGUAGUGUGUGAGCAAUGUGUUUAUUGGACCAUUGGCAAACGAGGGAGUUACAGAGUGUUUGCGGAAAGAUUAGGCGACUUCCAUUCUCGUAUGAACAACGCAGGAUAACUUAGGAUUGCAAGGAAUAGAGGUGGUCUUUCUCCAGCAGAUAAUUUAACGGGGAAAUGCAGAACAAAAAACCCACUUUAAUAUCAAACUACAAACUACACAAUAUGAUAAUCUUAUAGCUUAUGCAACUGCACAUUUGAGUUGUUUCUUUCGAUACCUUGAAUAUCGUGUUGGCAAAAUUUCGCCAAUCCGGUUUCCUGCACAGAGAAACAAAUUAUUUAAUGGGUCCUUAGGCAUAGCCAUA